CCAGAGUCAACUGUACUUAAAGCUACAAUUUCUAAUGGGUGGAGUUUUAGGUGGGUUGAAAACAAGGACUUGCUGGAAUUAUUUUCAUUCCUAAACCCAAAUUUACAGCUUCCAACAAGAAAACAAUUAGGUGGCACUAUCUUAACAAAUGCUAGUAUUGAUAUUAUUCAAACAAUUGAAAAUAAAGCCAAGUCAGAUGAAAUAGGUAUUUCUCUUGUAUUAGAUGACUGGGUAAAUGUUGUUAAUCAAAAUUUGCUUGGUAGUGUAUUGGUUACUUCUAAAGGUGUAGUUCUUGUUUGGAGGGCUCAAGAUGUUAGUGCUAAUUGUAGCAGAAAAGAAGAGUUAUGUGUUGGUGACAUGUUUAAAGAAAGAGAUGAUUUUGAUGUUGUUGCUAAUAAUGCAUGCAAAAUUGCAACUUAUUUCACAUCAAAAACUCACACAUACUUUAUUGGAAAGUUAAAAGAUGAGCAACAAUUACAAUAUAGGAAAUAUAUUAAUUAUUUUCUAAAUUUGAAAUUUAUGCUUAAAGACUUUAGUGAUAGAUAUGAACCUGAUGAUAUGGGUGCACAGAUUUCAAGAUAUUCUAGAAAUAACAACUUAAGGGAUUCAAUUCCUCAUGAAGCAAGAAUAAUGAUUAAUCCAGGAAAAAACUAUGAUAGAUGGUGGAAUAUUGAUAAACUGAUUGAACAG